AAUUACCACUUGAUUGGUCAUUUAAACUUUCUUAAUUCUUACUACAGUACAAAUUAUAAAACCCCACUUGCAACUAAAACUUUGGUCCACUUUUAUUUCAGAUCUAAGAAAGAGUACUAACAAGUGUUGAUGAGGUUCUUGUCUGAAAGUUUAAAAUAGACCAAUUUAGAAACCCAUCAGUAAAGAUCUGAACUUUUCUUGAUUCUGGUCCAGAACAGAAGAAUCUGUCAGUAAUCAGAGAGAUGGGCUUGGUGGGUCUCCAAGAAAAUGGGAAUGGUGAGAUGGGCUUGGUCAGUGGUGCCAAGAAUAAGUAUAAAAGAAUGGAUUCUGAGCUCACAGAUUUUGAUGAUGACAUUGAUGAAGCUACUCAACAUCAUCAUAUUCAGCUGGAGAGGAGCAAGACUACCAGGAAAUAUGUUUUUGCCUGUGCUGUUUUUGCUUCUCUUAAUUCUGUGCUUCUUGGCUAUGAUGUUGGUGUCAUGAGUGGAGCUAUCCUAUUUAUUCAAGAAGAUUUGAAAAUAACAGAGGUCCAACAAGAAAUCCUUGUUGGUUCUCUGAGUGUCGUUUCAAUCUUUGGUAGUUUACUUGGUGGAAGAGCAUCAGAUUCCUUAGGUAGAAAAUGGACAAUGGGGUUGGCUGCAGUUAUCUUUCAAGCUGGUGCAGCUAUUAUGACCUUCGCUAAUUCGUUUGAGGUUCUAAUGCUUGGAAGACUAUUGGCUGGAAUUGGUAUUGGCUUUGGAGUCAUGAUCGCUCCUGUUUACAUUGCAGAGAUAUCUCCAUCCAUUGCUAGAGGCUCCUUCACAUCUUUCCCGGAGAUCUUUAUAAAUCUUGGAAUCCUCCUUGGGUAUGUAUCUAACUACGCGUUUUCAGGCCUUCCAGCACAUACAAACUGGAGGAUAAUGCUUGCUGUGGGAAUUCUUCCUUCCAUCUUCAUAGCAGGGGCUCUGUUUAUCAUACCCGAGUCACCAAGGUGGUUAAUUAUGCAGAAUAGAACCGAUGAAGCAAAAUUGGUGCUAAUAAAUACGAAUGAAACUGAUGCAGAAGUGGAGGAGAGGCUUGCUGAAAUACAAACAGCUGCAGGGACUACAAAUGGAGAGAAAUAUGAAGAAAAAGCUGUCUGGCGUGAACUGUUGAGUCCUUCCCCUGCCCUCAGGCGCAUGCUGAUUACGGGAUUUGGCAUUCAGUGUUUCCAACAGAUUACUGGAAUUGAUGCAACUGUAUACUAUAGCCCCGAGAUUCUCAAAAGUGCCGGCAUUGAGGACAACACAAAAGUUCUUGCUGCAACUGUUGCUGUAGGAGUCUCAAAGACUGUGUUUAUACUUGUCGCCAUUAUACUUAUUGACAGGGUAGGAAGAAAGCCACUUCUUUAUGUUAGCACAAUAGGUAUGACCAUAUGUUUGUUUACUUUAGGCCUCAGUCUAUCUUUACUAGGAGAAGGGUCCGGGUCUCUCGGCAUUGCCCUGUCGCUUGUAGCUGUUUGUGGGAAUGUAGCUUUCUUUUCCGUGGGAAUUGGCCCUGUCUGUUGGGUUUUGACAUCUGAAAUCUUCCCUCUAAGACUGCGCGCUCAAGCAGCAGCACUCGGGGCAGUGGGAAAUAGAGUCUGCAGCGGCCUAAUUGCCAUGUCAUUCCUUUCAGUCUCCCGUGCAAUUACCGUGGGUGGAACAUUUUUCAUCUUUUCAGUAAUUUCAGCCCUGUCAGUUGUUUUUGUCUACACCCUUGUUCCUGAAACAAAAGGCAAAUCUCUGGAGCAAAUCGAGUUGCUAUUUCAUAAAGAACAUGAUAGGCAACGAGGCGAAGUGGAGCUCGGAGAUGUUGAGCACCUUGUUGCAAGCAAAUAGUCUCUCUACUAUAGUGCUGAAAUGCUCAGAGCUACUAGCUUACUAUAUAAUCCAAUAUAUCAAAUGGAGAUGCCUAUUCAGAUUAGAACAUUGCCGGUAUUCACAUUCCUGGGAUGGCUAGAGAAAGCUUCAUUAGAACGAGAAUUGUUCAUAUUAUGGCGGCAUUUGCAAUCUGGCUGCUAUACUGGUAACUCAUAGACCUGAAGUUUAAGGUGAAAAUGCUGAAUGCCAUUGUCUCUUCCUUGGUGAUUUGUCAAGUUCCACAUUACAUAAGCAAAUGAUAUCAUAUCUGAAACCAUAGUGGAGUACGUAUUUUUUUUGUUGCCUCGGCAGAUUUUACAGAACAUAAUCAAUAUAUAUUACCGAUACUUUCAUCAAUUGUAAUUGGUUUGGGGGCUGAAAUGCACAAUUGGAGUGUUUUGGUUGAAAUGAAAUAAAAUUGAGAGCAGAAUAGUAGUCACCUAUAUUUUAAAUAA